AUGCUACAUGUCAACAACAACUCCAUCGCCAUUACCGCUACCAUGAGCCUCGCGGAGCUGCCCGACCUGCAGAGGCUGUCGCCGCCCGGAGUGACUCUCCUCGUUGCCUUCCUGGCCCUCACCUCGCAGUGGCUGUUCCAUUACAUCGAGCCUGGUCCCUUACGCAAAGGCGACGCGUGCCUCUUCAACGCGCUGGUCGCGUGCCUGCUCGUAUGUUACUGGCGAACAUGUUUCACCGACCUCGGCAGGAUACCCAAGGACUGGAGUGAGUCCGUGAGUAACGACAGCAAUCUUCCCAAACUCGUGGAACUGGACAGCACAGCGCAAAGCAAUCGGUGGUGCAGGAAGUGCGAGGCCUUCAAGCCGCCCAGGGCACAUCACUGUAAGACGUGUAAAAGAUGUGUGGCGAAGAUGGACCACCACUGUGUGUGGACAGGUAGGCAGCGUGGUCUUUUCAUUUGCAAACGCCAAGUAACAUCUCUUUCAGCUAAUUGCGUUUCCCAUGUCACGAUUCCGCAUUUCAUUCGCUUUUUGUGCUACACGGUCGUGUCCAUGACCUAUCUGGAGUACUUCCUUUACGUUCGAGCUGCACUGCUAUGGGAAAAGAGAGCAUUGCCCAGUUACCUCGGACCAUCAGCCUUCCAACUCGGACAUCUGUUCGCUCUAGUCGGCAUCAAUUCACUGAUCCUCUUUGCCCUCACACUACUGCUGAUCCGCACGUUGUGGUCACUGGCCGUCAACACCUGGACCAUCGAGGGCUGGGAGAUCGAACGGCACCACACUCUUUUGCGCAGAGCGCGUGUCCUCGGCGGUUAUCUCGAGGGCCCAGACGGUAUCAAAGUACGCAUAGACCACCAAGAGUUCCCAUGGGAUGUGGGCAUCUGGACCAACAUCUGCCAAGGAAUGGGCACUUCGAAUCCACUCGCGUGGCUCUGGCCGUUCGCGCAAAGCCCAAGCGGGGAGAGUGGGCUUUCUUACCCCCACAACGAGAUUGAUGACCCAAGCAAGCCAUGGCCUCCACCCGACCCGGACAGGCUGUUUCGAGUACCGCGCAGGACCUUCAAAGGAGAUGGCUUCACGAAGCCCUGGGACAUGAACGAAUUCCGCAAACGUCAAGAAGCUGAUACAGCUCGCUACGCCGACGUUCAUGACGAGUAUGUUGUCCGCCGCAAAACUUUCCACGAGCGACUGGAAGAAGCGCAACGACAGUCGUCAAGGUCACACCACGAGGAAAAUGAUGAAGACGCAGUGGAGGAUGACUCUGAGCCCGAGCCUGAAGAGCCUCGUGGCAGACCGUCUAAGAAGGAUGAAGGCGAGGAGUCUUGGCGAAACAAGGAAGGAGAACGUCUGGCGGACUUUGGUGUUGAUGAGGAUGCAGAGUUCUAUGAUGAGGAUGAUUUGCCGCUUGCUGAGUUGAUGCGGCGUCGUCAAGCUCAAUAA